CACGGGAGCAAGUCGCACCAAACCAAUGCCUCAGCUUAGCACAGCCGCUGGGAUAUGUUGCCAAACACCGAGGGGAGGGAAAGUGGUGGAGCCGCGUGCUAACUGUCGACUGGACACUGGAGUGGACAAGAGAGCGGGUGGACGUAUGGCAGCACAGACAAAGGCUCUGAGGCUGGAGUGGUGCUGCCUGGUCCCGGUGGCGGCGCUGUGGCUGGUGCUGCAGGAGGAGGCCCCUCUGUACCCCUCAGUGGACCUGGCUGAGGUCAGGGUCAGACUGCUGCUGGUCGCAGGACUGUGCCUGGUGGUGGGCCUGGGAGUCCUGGCCCUCAGCUACAGCAGCCCCACUGCUGAAGAACAAGAGCACCAGGUGUUGGGACUGCAGGAAGAAGUCUUGUCUUCAACACACAGUAAUAUGGUGAUGGCAAGACAGAACGCCAGGAACACAGACACAUGCAUGCCGGUAGGGGGCGCUGUGGGGUUCCCAGGCGCUGCGGUCGAGGCCCUUGUGGACUGUGUGGUGGUGUCCCUGCUCCAGGAGCCUGAGCUCACCUCCACCCCCUUCAGUGUGCUUCCCCUCGUCUCCAGGCUGGAGGCAUUAUCAAAAGCACUACAGAGGGCAGAUGCCCUUUGGGACCCACCGUUGCCAGAGAGACAAGGGCAGGAAGAAAACAAGGAUGAUGCCAUAAGAGAGAGGAUUAAGGAUAUAAACACAUAUCUAAAAAAGAGAGUUGAGGCCCUCCACUGUCUACAGCAGCUCCAGGCUGAGUUUGAGGCCUGUGUCCAGGACACACAUGGCCAGCUGCAGAAGCACUGGACCCAGCUGGAGGAGCUGCACGUCAGCGUCACCAUCAGCCCCACGCACACCGACGGCCUCCCGGAGUACAGCCAGGUGCUCACGGACGCCCAGUGUUUGUUUUCAGAGCUGGACCGUUCCAAGAGCAGUGUUCAACAAUGUCAGACAUCUCAGGCUGCCUACUCAAAGAUCCUUAAGGAGUUAGACCAUAGCAGGCUUGAGCUGAGUAAGACCAUGAACUCCGAGCUGCUCUGUCCAAGCUGGACCUCAGAUCUACUGCAAGCCACCAAUGACAAGGUAAAUGAUGUCCUCCAGAGGUCAACGUGUUUGGAGCAGCAGACAUCUACCUUUGUGAUACAUUUAAAGGGACUUGAGAAAGCAGUGACUUUAGACAAGAAGCAGCUCACCAGGUCAAGUUCUCUGCCUGUCCGUGCCGUGCAAGAUACCACUCCUCAAAGUUCAACCUUUGAAAAAUCCAUCAAAAACCUCUUCAGAGUGAAAUCCACUGGAUUCCGUGGCCUGAAAAGAAAAAAGAAAUGAACUUUGAACCUGCCGCUUUUUUGUGUGAACAAUGCAAAUUGGAUACUUGACUGAGGGGCCUUGUGUGUUUCUACAAGGCACUGUUAUAUGGAUAUGUAAGCUCUGGCCAUCUGUGCAAUAGAAGGCUUGAUGGGUUCCUGAAGUUUUUCAUGAAGGAUUAUAUGUUUUUGUCAAUAAGGAAUGUAUUUUGUCAAUCAGGAUAGUGUCAGGUAAAUAUUAUUUUUAUUAAAAUACAUAUUUUUAUAUUUACACAAUC